AUGUUGUCUCGCGAUUCGUUCCGCGUGGACCGCAACCGCCGCGACGGUCCGUCGGCCGCCGAGCGCGCGGUGGCCCUUUUGUCGGUGCGCGUCUACGACAGGCCCGACAUGGACGUGCCCAACUAUUACCCGGGCAGGCCGUCGUCGUCGUCGUCGGUCGGCCGUCUCGCCGCGUCCUGUUCGUCCGCGUCCGCCUCGUCGGCCACCGGGCCGAGGCGAAACGCGGCCCACGUGCACAGGAGGGCGUGCGCCCGGCGGGGUGCCAUGCGAAGGGCGUACUCUACGCCACCGUCCAAACAAAAUCUCGACAAAGCUGGAGAUUUAUUGGAAGAAGCAGGCCAAUGUAGCAAUGGUACCAGUCUAAAAGAUCUGGCCAAAUCUCUGAAGCAGCAUCUGAGAGGUUUUAGUGAUCGACUUGAAGAGACUCGUGAAAGACUCGAAGAUACAUCACGCUGUUUUUAUUUACUCGAUAAAGCUUACGAUUGGGCUUUGGAAUGUAUGAAGUACAUAUCCGAAAAGCACGACACACGUAACGUUAAAGAACUGCGAAGAUACUUAAUGGCACAUCCAUCUCCUACUGCUCAACACUUCUCGGAGAUGAUGAUGUUGGCCAACAAGCUCAACAAUGAUAAACUAAUCAAACAGUGCAAGGUGGCCAUGGUAAGAUGCGAAGAGACCAACGACCAACUGAAGCACCUGUUGGGACCGGAAACAUUCCCGACCAGCACUCCCCUGCCACCCAGAAGGACGUCCGCACCGGAGCACCAUGCAACAAAUGGUAACACGACAGCGGACAACCAUCAUUGUGGCUGGGUAGGCGUUACGGAAGAGAACUUUUAUUGCGAGACGGACCGGCUCGCGCUCAGUCAUAUCCCGUCCGCCAAUUGGACUUACAAUGAUGAAGAGGACGAGGAAAAACUGAGCUGCUCACACACGACUGAAGGGAGUGAUGAAAAUAAGAGUAAUGAAGAGAGCGACGACACUAAUUGUGCCGAUCUCGGUUGCAGCAAAAAUCAAAGUAUGCCGCCCUUGUCAGUUAACAGUCAUCUGCACUACAUGUCCAACUUGCAGUUGAACAUGGAUUGCGGCACGCAGACGCUAAAGUUACAAAAGACCGUCAAGCUGAUCAUGAGAGAAAUGAUACAGACCGAACGGGAUUACGUCAAGUCACUGGAGUACGUCAUAGAGAACUACGUCCCGAUGUUGCUCAACGAAGACAUACCGCAAGCCUUGCGAGGCCAACGCAACGUCAUUUUCGGCAACAUCGAGAAGAUCUACGAGUUUCACAGCCAACACUUCCUCAAGGAGCUGGAGAGACACGAGAACUGCCCGUUGCAAGUGGGAGAGUCUUUUCUAAAACACGAAAAGAAAUUUUACUUGUACGCGCUGUACAACAAGAACAAACCGAAUUCGGAUUCGCUGAUGUCCGAGUAUGGUUCUGCAUUCUUUAAGGCAAAACAAAUAGAACUUCGCGACCGAAUGGACUUGGCAAGUUACUUGUUGAAGCCCGUGCAGAGGAUGGGCAAGUAUGCGCUGCUGUUGCAGCAGCUCAUGAAGAUGGCCAAAGGUGACACGGAACACCUCCGGCUGGCCGAGAGCAUGGUCAGGUUCCAGUUGCGGCACGGCAACGAUCUGCUGGCCAUGGACUCGCUCCGGGAGUGCGACGUCAACCUGAAGGAGCAGGGCCGACUUUUGCGGCAGAACGAGUUCCUCGUGUGGCAGGGCAAAGGCAAGAAGUGCCUGCGACAGGUGUUCCUGUUCGAGGAGCUCAUACUGUUCAGCAAGGCCAGACGAUUCCCCGACCAAACGAAUCUGGACUUGUACGUGUACAAGAACAGUAUAAAAACAAGUGAUAUCGGGUUCACCGCCAAAGUCGGCGACAGCAACACCAAAUUCGAAAUAUGGUUCCGGAAACGCAAGCCGGGCGACACGUACACGUUGGUGUCCAUGUCAGAGGACAUCAAACAGUCGUGGACCGACGAGUUGUCCAAUUUACUGUGGAAACAGGCGCUACGAAACAGAGAGGUUAGGCUGGCGGAAAUGUCUUCUAUGGGAAUUGGCAACAAACCCUGUUUGGACAUCCGGCCGAGUGCGGAUCAAAUAAACGAUCGAUCCAUCACGUUCGCGCAGCUCAGUAAAACUGCCCCAAGGUUCCGGAACUCCAUAGUGGCGUUGCCCUCGGACCUGGAGUCGAUCGCCAAGCGGCCGCACUCGAUCAUAUCGGUGAGCAGCAGCAGCGCGGGCAGCAGUAACAGCAGCAGUGGCAGCAGCAGCAGCGGGGCCAGCUGUCGGAGUAGCGAGGGGGCCCGGCAGACCAGUCAGUGUUCCAGCCAGUCGACCGAGAGCGGCAUAGUGGCCGACUGGUACAGCCGGAACAGUCACUCGGGCAGCGUCGCCUCGGACACGCUGUCGUCUCCGCCCGCGGCCAACAACAAUCACAACAACAACAACAGCAGCAGCGGCGGCAAGGGCUCGACGUCCAAGUCCGCGGCCACUGCCGCCGCGUCGGACUCGACGUCCGCCGCCUCCACGCGGCUAUCGGUCAAACUGUAG